CAGGAAGUUGAGUUGACGGGCACAGGCUAUAAUUGACAAUAUAGUUUAGACAGCGUUAGUGAUCGACACGUCGAAAUGGAACGCACCUAUCUUCUAACCUUGCUGUUGACUACACUGGUAUACUCUAGCCUCGGUCACAGGGGAGGUCGGUCUCCUUCAGCAUCUCUGAGCAUCAGUCCCAACAGAUCUCAGUUCCUUGAAUAUAUGUAUUUUUCUCUGAGCUGUGAGGUUCAGGGGAGUUCUACUGGAUGGAGACUGAAGAGAUACACAGCGACUGUGAAACCGUCAGAGUCUGGAGUCGACUGGGGGUUCAAUCAAUCCAACUACGUCAUCAAGACAGCUAAAACAUCAGACAGUGGAGUGUACUGGUGUGAGUCUGGGUCUGGAGAACACAGCAAUGCUGUCAACAUCACAGUACACGGUGGCGCUGUGAUCUUGGAGAGCCCCGCCCUUCCUGUGACUGAGGACGAUUCUGUGACUCUGCGCUGCAAAUAUCAGGCAACUCCCGCUGAACUCACAGCUGAUUUCUACAAAGAUGGAUCCCUCAUCAGGACUGAGACGACAGGAGAGAUGACCAUCCCUGCAGUAUCCAAGUCAGAUGAAGGGCUCUACAAGUGUAACAACUCUGAAGGAGAAUCACCAGCGAGCUGGAUGACUGUGAAAGGUUGGUCUUCAGCCUCCCUGAGUAUCAGUCCCGACAAAUCUCAGUUCCUUGAAUACAAGUCUGUCUCUCUGAGCUGUGAGGUUCAGGCGAGCGCUGCUGGAUGGAGACUGAAGAGGUACACAGUGACUGGAGUCGACUGGGGGUUCAAUCACGGUUCCAACUACGUCAUCAAGACAGCCAAAACAUCAGACAGUGGAGUGUACUGGUGUGAGUCUCGGUCUGGACAAUGCAGCAAUGCUGUCAACUUCACAGUACACGGUGGCGCUGUGAUCCUGGAGAGCCCCGCCCUUCCUGUAACUGAAGGAGAUUCCGUGACUCUGCGCUGCAGACAUGAAGACAAGAAAACGAAGGACACGUCCUCAAACCUCACAGCUGAUUUCUACAAAGAUGGAUCCCUCAUCAGGACUGAGACGACAGGAGAGAUGACCAUCCCUGCUGUAUCCAAGUCAAAUGAAGGGCUCUACAAGUGUAACAACUCGGAAGGAGAAUCACCAGAGAGCUGGAUGACUGUGACAGGCCCAGGGCCUGUGUGGUCCAUCUCUCUGCCCAGGCUGCUGUGUAGUCUACUGGUGGUGUCUCCCUACCUGCUGGUGACCAUCGUACUGCUGGUGAAAUUCCGUAGGCGCCGUGCUCAAGGGGAAACCAGGGAACCCAGGAAGACACACCAAGACCAACCAGGUCAGCAUGUUGAAGAGUGAGCUCACCGGAUCACCAUAACAAUGGAACGCACGGACUGCUAAUCCGGAACUGUGAAACACUGUUAUUUCUUAGCUUUUAGCUUUGCAUGCUGGUACAAUAGUGCCAAUUUAUAAAUGUGAUUUGUGAACUAUAUCCUUUUUUUUGUUUACUAUAUCUUUAAGACAUGUAUGCAAAAUAACUUCUAUGUUUUAAUGUUUUAAUCAUUGUUUUAUGGGGAAUUAGUAGAUUUUUAUCUGGAUUCAUCUAUAUCAUUUUCUUGGUGCACUUAGUGUUAAUUCAGGUGCUAUGAUAUUAUAAUCAAUCAAUUGUAAAUGUCCUAAUUUUUCAUCGCUAUACACACACACACAACACAGAUUUAGUGUACACUACUUUGAUGUUGACAUAUUAUUAACGUUCUGGUACUUAAUACAAUGUUUAUUUACAUGUGUCUAGAGUAGAAAACAAAACAAGUCAAGAUAUCUUUGCUGUUAAGCAAUAACUAAUGACGCAUUUCCUCAGCAAACCCAUGUUUUGUACAUUUUCUUUCAUUUUGGUUACAUAUGGCAUACAAAUAUGGCAUAUGGGGAAUCCGAAUGUCUUUGGAACAUCCUGCGAGGUUCAUCCUCUCUGAGCAUGAGUUAAAGGGGAGAGGUGAAUGCAGUUUCUCUCCCUCCAUCACUCUCUCUCUCUCUCUCUCCAGCCACCACUCUUGCCCUUGGCAAAGUGCAAACACCUACAGUACAUGAUGCACACUGCAGGGAGAAAGGUAACAGAACGGACUGAUGAGGCAGGAGGCAGGAGUUAUCACAUUGCUCCUUCUGCUGGAGAAAAGUUAGACUAGAAAGUCAACUUUUUAUUUAACUAGGCAAGUCAGUUAAGAACAAAUUCUUAUUUUCAAUGAUGGCCUAAG